UAUUAGUAGUACUGGGAGGUGUACUGCUCUAAAGCUCAGCAGUAAACUUUAGUUGUAUUCCUUACUUCAACCGCGGAAAAAAUGUCUUUAGAGCUAAAGACUGUAUAUCCGUCCUUGCCAAGGGUAAAGCGAGGUGCUGUCACCGUUUUAAAGGCUGAUCCAAAAGGGAAAAACUUCCUCUACGCAAAUAAUAAAAGUGUUUUCAUUCGAAAUGUUGAGGAUCCAACUGAUUGUGACGUUUACUCGCAACAUGCUAAAGACGUGCAUGUAGCAGCCUAUUCGCCAUCUGGAUUUUACAUUGCAUCUGGAGAUGCAUCAGGCAAGCUGCGUAUCUGGGAUACAACUAACAAGGAACAUAUACUCAAGUAUGAAUACCAGCCGUUAUCUGCUUUAAUAAAGGACAUUGUCUGGUCGCCAGAUAGUAAGAGAAUGGUUGUUGUUGGGGAAGGAAGAGAAAAAUUUGGUAAUGCGUUCCUGUGGGAUAGUGGUUCCACUGUUGGUAAAAUUGAUAACCAUGCAAAAGCAAUCAAUGCAGUUGACUACAAGACAACCAGACCCUUCCGUGUUUGCACUGGAAGUGAAGACAUGACCUGUAAUUUUUACGAAGGACCACCAUUCAAGUAUAAGAAAGCUGAGAGGGACCAUUCAAACUUUGUCAACUGUGUGAAGUACUCACCCAAUGGAGAAGUCUUCAUCACUGGUGGAGCUGAUGGAAAACUGUUUCUUUAUGAUGGCAAAGACGGGGAAUUACAGGAUGAAGUUGGAAAAACCUGUGAGGGUGGUAAGGCUCAUAAAGCAGGCAUCUAUGCGAUAUCGUGGUGCCAGGAUAGCAAAUCUUUUCUCACAGCUUCUGCAGAUAAAACAUGUAAAAUCUGGAAUGUUGAUGACAAAACAGUGACAACAACAUUUACAUUUGGUUCUGAACUUGAAGACAUGCAGCUUGGAUGCUUGUGGAUGGGUGAAUAUCUGUUAUCUCUAUCCUUGUCUGGAGCUAUCAACUACUUGGAUAAGGAAAAUCCAAGCACUCCAUCAAGGGUUUUAAUGGGUCAUUACAAGAAUAUUACUGCCAUUGCAUACAGCAGUCAGAACAACAAAUUGUACUCUGCAGAUUUUGAAGGCCGCAUUGUUGCAUGGAAUGUCUCUAACGGUAGUAGUCAAAGGCUCAAAGGCAAAGGCCACACAACUGACAUACGAUACCUUGCAGUUUCUGACGAUAUGCUUGUCAGUUGUGCCAUUGAUGACACAGUUAGAUUCACCAAUCUUGACACUGAGGAGUAUGGGAGCGAUGUAGUUGCUCUUGGAGGUCAAGUCAAAGGCUUUUCUUGUGGAAAGGAUGGACUGGUUGUUGUUUCCUUGGAACGUGAGGUACUUGUCAUUAGAGACAAGAAGGUGGUGUCAAGACUUAAAGUUAGCUAUGAAACUUCAAGUGUCUCCGUCCAUCCAGGACAGUCUGAAGUUGCUAUAGGGUCAGCCACAGAAGACCGUGUCUAUCUCUAUGAUCUUAGUAAUGACACYCUAGAGGAGAAAGAACAAGUUGAUGUUGCAAACGGCCAUGUUCUGCAUGUAUGUUAUUCACCGGAUGGGGCAUACUUGGGUGUCAGCUCAGAUAAAAACAGGAGUUAUGCAUUCAGCACAAGUAAUUACAAGGAUAAAGUUGUAGAAUGGUAUGGUCAUAAUGGUAAAAUCAGACAACUUAAAUGGUCACCUGACUCUCGUCACAUGGCAACUUGUGGAUUAGACACCAAAGUAAUUGUUUACAAAGCUGCUGAUCCUGGAAAACAGGCUAUUGCAUCUAUAAGGGGGGCACAUAAUGCAAGUGCUCUUAAUGCCUUGGAGUGGACUGACAACAACACUCUGGUGACCGGGGCUGAAGACUGCUGUUUGAGGUUGUGGACCCUGAAAGAGUAAAGACCCCCAAAAGACCCCCCAAAAGACCCCCCAAAAAAGAAACUGCUUAAUUUUGUCUUUUGAUAGUAACAAGUUAAACAGAAACAUUAAAAAUGAUAAGUGUUCAAAUGAGUGGCAAGCUGACAUCCAGUGAAGGGCAAUGCAUGGAACUUUUAUGAACCUUUUUGAUAGACAUUACAAUUGAUGUACAUUUGAUGAUCAGUUUUCCACUCAUUAGAUCUACAAAUGUAAAUGAUUCCGAGCUCAAUAUGUUUAUAUUUUGUCCUCCUUUAUGUCCAAUAACUUCAGAUGUUUACAUCAGAAAUGAAGGCAAAAUUUGAAACUCACUUGCACUUGACUGAAUAUAAUGUACCUAAAAUUGUCAUAAAGAAUUGAAGCCACUAUUCAAUUGAAGGUGUAACAUAUAYCAACAUUGUCUUAUCUCAAAAAAAUUGGAUGAUUUAUAAUAAUAGUAAAGGGGUAUAUUUUCAGUCAGUCUUACUAGCAUGAUACACACUAUUUUGUGACUUAAAAUUUGCAAUAAAAGCUAAUGAUAUCUUA